CGCUGUGAGCUCCGGGAAGCCCGCCUCCGCUCUUCCGUGAUUCGCUACUCCUGUGUUCAUCUGCCCCUCCGUCGACCAGAUUGGGUGCUUGGCCGUCCCUGCCAUUAGCGCGUAACGAGAGACUGCUUGCUGCGGCAGAGACGCCAGAGGUGCAGCUCCAGCAGCAAUGGCAGUGACGGCGUUGGCGGCGCGGACGUGGCUUGGCGUGUGGGGCGUGAGGACCAUGCAAGCCCGAGGCUUCGGCUCGGAUCAGUCCGAGAAUGUCGACCGGGGCGCGGGCUCCAUCCGGGAAGCCGGUGGGGCCUUCGGAAAGAGAGAGCAGGCUGAAGAGGAACGAUAUUUCCGAGCACAGAGUAGAGAACAACUGGCAACUUUGAAAAAACACCAUGAAGAAGAAAUCGUUCAUCAUAAGAAGGAGAUUGAGCGUCUGCAGAAAGAAAUUGAGCGGCAUAAGCAGAAGAUCAAAAUGCUAAAACAUGAUGAUUAAGUGCACACAGUUCCCCAUAGAAUGGCACAUGUCAUUGCCCACUUCUGUGUAGGCAUGGUUCUGGUUUAACUAAUAUUUGUCUGUGUGCUACUAACAGAUUAUAAUAAAUUGUCAUCAGUGAA